AGGAGUCACUGCCAUCACUGUCCUCACUGGCGGAGUCAACAUGAACACCUCCACACUCCUGGGCCGUCCCCUCCUGCUGGUGGUGGUGCUCGCGGUGUCCUGGGCCGCGGCUGUUCCUCUGCAAGCUGUCUCAGGGAAGGAAGACCUUAGAGAAGAUCCCGAGACCUUCUUGAGACAGCACCCGUCUAUCGCAAGAGAACUUUACCCAGACCUGCUGAACGCAGCCUCUGAAGUCAACCUCAUCUUGAACCGUGACGUUGCGCAGGGCGUGUUGAGGAAUUACUUGGCCGAGGAGGAAAUACAGCCCGAGGAGGAGCACGUGAGGAGGAGGAGGGACACGACUCUGUCCGGGAGUGUUGAUCACCAGGUUACUCCCAACGGGCAGUCUAUCACUGCCACUGGCACCGCUGAAAGGGCUUUUACCGAAAAUCACUCCAUCUACGGCACAGGCAGUGCCACCAGGACCAACGUCAACGGCCUGGGAGGCUUCAACACCUACGGUCUCGGAGGAGGAUACAUCUACUCGCCCAACGAUAACACCGACGUGCGCGCUGGCGCCCACAGGGUCUUCCACCCCAACGGCGGCACCACCACUGGCGUCUCGGGCACUCUGGAACAUUCAUGGGACAACAACCACUCGGUCAGCGCCGGCCUCGAGGCCAACAGACACGACAACGGGUUUAACACCGUCAACACCCAAAGCGCCGGAUUAAGCUACAACUAUUCGCCCAACAGGGACACAACCCUCAGCAUCGACGCCCACAGGUCCUACACCCCCUUCGGCAGGGACAAUAGAUUCGGACUCAACUUCAUCCACAGGUUCGGCGGAUAAGGUGCAGGUUACAACAAGGUCAUGGCUACUGUAUGGUGACGGCAUAACAAGCAGACUUUGUAGAAGAGACUCCUUCACUAGACGAAGUGAAUUCACCCGUGAAAUUAUUCGUCUCCCAAGCCACGCCCACGCAAGCAAACCAUCCACAUACAACAGGCUGCCGUUGAUCUCUUGUCCUUCACCCACGUCUUGUGUUCACCCAAUAUGAUCAGAAUGUCAUUUCUUACAUUAACAAAGACUGUUGUGCUCUAUAAUAAAUUAUAUAUUUUCAUUUA